AUGAUUUCGUUUUUCGGUAUUGUACAAAAUAUAUUUAACUAUUUUUCUGGAUCAACAAGUCGCUGGGAAGUACUAAUGCGGUGUUUGAAAAUAACAUUAAAAACGCACAGUGACACACGCUGGGCAUCUAAAUAUAAUGCAGUUCAUUCGUUGUAUUGUCAAUUUGGCGGUGUGAUAAAAGCUUUACGUGACAUAUCUACCAAUCCAAUUUUUGGCGAUGGGGUUGCUAAUGCAGAAAGUAUAUUGAAACAGUUUGAUUUGGAAUUUGUUUAUUUUUUAGUCAUGUGGGAUAAAAUAUUGAAUCAAAUAUAUCGUGUAAAUAAAUUAUUACAAAGCUCAAAUAUUUCAAUAGAUCAGGCUUCAAAAAUGAUAAAUUGUUUAAAUGUUUCUCUCCAAGAAAUGCGUGAUAGUGGAAAUGAACAAAUUAAAACUGAAGCUAUUAGUAUUUGUGAUAAAGUUGGAAUAAAAUCUGAAUUAAAAAUCAAAAGGACAAUAAAAAGGAAAGUUAUGAGUGGAGAAAAUUCAUCGGGUGAAGAUAUUUCUGCAGAUCAAUUUUUAAAAUUGGAAUACUACAAAGUUCUUGAUAAUAUGAUGGCACAUUAUCUAAGUCCAAGUACAUUUUUACUGUCGGACAAAAAGUUCGAAAAUACAAAAUUGUCUAUUAAAAUUUUUUUUAUAUUUUAUUACUUAUUAUUUCUGCAAUUACCGACACAAUGUCACAAAUCACAAUGUACAAUAUUAGUACCCUAA